UUAGAUUAGUGACAACGAGAGAGCCCCAUCCCAAAUAUUAUAAGGAACACACUUCAUCACUUCCACUGGAUAUCAUAAUGAGUAUGUUGUGCAGAAAGAAUUCAGUUAGUUGUGGCCGUGGAUCAGUACCAGUGCAUCUAAACGUGUACGAUCUUACUUCCAUUAAUGGUUAUGCUUAUUGGCUUGGUCUUGGUGUUUACCAUUCUGGUGUUCAAGUUCAUGGAGUAGAGUAUGCAUUUGGAGCUCAUGAGUAUCCAACAACGGGGAUAUUUGAAGGGGAACCGAAACAAUGUGAAGGAUUUACGUUUAGGAAGGCAAUUUUGAUUGGAUGGACAGAGAUAAGUCAUGGAGAAGUGAGAAGAGUUAUGGAAGAACUUGCUGAUAAGUAUAAGGGAAAUGCUUACAAUCUUAUAACUAAGAAUUGUAACCAUUUCUGUAAUGAUGCUUGUCUUAAACUUACUGGCAAUCCCAUCCCCAGUUGGGUAAAUCGACUUGCACGAAUCGGUUUAUUUUGCAAUUGCAUUAUUCCAGCGAGUUUCAACUCGACUAAAAUUGGCCACCAUCGUAUUGAAGACAAACCAUGUGAAGGGGAGAAGAAGAAACUUAGAAGUCGCUCUAAUAGGCUGACUCCAUCAUCGAAUUCAUCGUCUCCACCUUCGUCGUCGUGUUCUCCUCCGCGUGUCACAACCACAAGCAACAGAAGCCGAAGCAAAAGCCCAGUGCCUUCAUCUUCACCCUUGAUAUCCACUUCAAUAUAGAUUUCUUCGUGAAGAAGGCCGUUCUACAUGCUUUUGUUCUGUUUUACAAUUGAUUCUUUUGCACCUUACUUCAUAAACACUACAGCUGUUCAGGAAGCCCCGAAAAUUCUGUGCAUGAAUGAUUUCUCACUUGGGUAUAAAUUUCUUUGCCUCAGGA